AUGGGACAAUUACCCGCCUCAAGAGUAACGCGAUCACGACCAUUCACACACACUGGAGUAGAUUACGCUGGUCCCAUUACCAUAAAAACUUGGAAGGGUAGAGGAGCAAAAACUUACAAGGCCUGGAUUUGCGUAUUUGUGUGCCUCGCAACCUCCGCAAUACACAUUGAAGUGGUAGGUGAUUAUUCGGCAAAGGGAUUCAUUGCAGCUUACCGAAGAUUUACAAGUCGCAGGGGCAUUCCACAGGUCAUGCACUCUGACUGCGGAACGACAUUCAUCGGAGCUGACAAGGAAUUAAAAAAACUUUUCAUCCAACACACGAAGGAACACCACCACAUUACAACCACACUCAUGAAUGACCACGCGCAGUGGGAAUUUAACCCACCUGCAGCACCCCACAUGGGAGGAAAAUGGGAAGCAGCAAUGAAGUCAAUCAAGUUCAAUAUCAGUCGAACAACAAGAGAAGCAUCAUUCACCAUUGAAGAAAUCAACACAUUACUAACCAGAUAG